CUCGAUUGCAUUGCUAUUUUCACAUUCAGUCAGCCUCUACCUCAGCACAUAACAUCAAGCGCAUGCCACUCAAACGCAUGUUGAUAUUGGUGAGUGUGCACCAGAUGAACCCUCACUCUGCAAUUUCAACUAACAUGGAUGCAGUCAGUCACGUUGAUAGCUAUACUCUUCGUCAUGAUGCGCUCUUGGUUGCCGUAUGACGUCCGCUGGACAGCCAAGCUCCUCCUUCGCGAUGUACAGAAUAUCCGGGCGAAGUACACUACAAGAUCGAAGCACCAACGCGGGCCUGUGGAUGUUGCGAGAAGCACUUCGACGCAUAAACAGGCUUGCACCGAGAACGUAUCGCAAGUGCUGGAAAGUGUUCAGUGCAGCAGACUGCCGCCACAGCAUGCCGACCAAAGCAGUGUGUACUCCAAAGCACUUCAAGAUGGUCCCGAGACUCCCCAGACCAGCAGCGAGGAGUGCUUUGGUACACUCUACGGCCUCCUAGAAAGCAGACUCAGAGCUACAUAUGCUUCUCGCGAUCGUAACAUGUCGCACGAAGACCGUUGGAGAUUCCGCGGUAGUUGGCUAGUGCUUCACAGAGCCAUCCAAGGAUGUCGUUCGGACGAGAGCGAUACUGCCUCCAGAGUCCGCACGAAUGGAGCCAGUGAGAAUGCAAUGCUUCUGGAGAUGCUAAGCCAAAGCACCGAACAGGUUCGACUACCUACACCCAGAGUCAGCAGAAUGCCAGCGGCACCGUAUGCCCGGCAUGACAGCGAGCAUGAUCGCUAUGACUCCAUGUUCGGCGAUGUUCCCACGCCCGCACACAAACCGUCUCCCGCGCAGCUGUGGCUAUCCGUUCUUGAAGCCACCGACGACACCCAAAAGAUCACACCAAUGGCACAACAGCUUCUAGGGUACAUCUCGCACGAGAACAAAGCUGUCGACAUCAUUGAGCAGGUCGGAAACCCCCACAAGAAGUUUUCCGAUGCCGAUGACGCUCAACUCCGAGUCGAAUUCCGAGAAUUACUAUGUCCGGAGGGAAUGUCGUCCAGACCGCGAUGCUGACUUCACCGCCAAUAUCCAGCACAGUCUUGGUCCUCGGCGUCUUGGGCGAAUCAUGCACCGGGUCGGAAAAGAGGUGUGCUGAAAACCCUUCGUCGGCAGCGGGCGAUACCGCAUUGCGAGUGGUUGCCGAAGCGGCAGAGUGGGUCUAUUGGUCAUGGCUCUUUACCCCUCCUGUGGCAUCCAACGUACUUAU